GGAUACUGCGAAAAUGAUUCUCUCCUCCAUGUGCACAACUACAUGCGACCAUUUGCAAAAGGUACUUGCAUCGGUAUAGUUGCCUAGCUGCGCAAAAUGUGAUGCAGCAGUGAUGCAAUGACGCAGUCGAUUCGAAGCGAAUAAGCGUUUUCCUACCAGAGCGUUUUCCGACAGCACAAACGGUGUCAGCUGCUUCAGCAGAAUAACUUACUUUCAACAAAGUGACCCUAGCAAUGAGAAGAACAAAGCAUGUUACGGACGCUGUGCUGUGUGAUUCUACUCAUCGUCCAGAGGGAUACAGAAAGUACACGUGUGAUUGGGGGAUGGAGGACUGUGUUACUGGGGGAGGAUGUGGACUUAUCCUGUAGACUGAUAGAGACAGACGAGGAGCUUGAACAGAUAACAUGGCAGAAAAGUACUUUGGAAGAAACACAGAACCAUAAUUUUAUGCUGAUUAAUCCCAAUGGGGUUACUACAUUUAUUUCACCGAAUGGAUUGACAGGUAGAGUCCAGUUUAUUGGGAACCCAUCAGAAAACCUUGGAUCUAUUAGAAUAACUGCUGUCAGACUGCUUGAUGAAGGCACCUUCAAAUGUAUCUUCAGUGUUUUCCCCAGUGGAACAUACAAUACAGAGAUACCUCUGACUGUGCUAGUUCCUCCAGUAGUGAGUGUGACAGUUGAUGUUGCUCCUGUCAUUGGGGAGAAUGAGGUUGUCUUGUCAACCUGCGUGGCUGCUGGUGCCAAGCCACAGGCAGAAGUGACAUGGAAGACAGGUAAAUUCGGCAGUUUGUUGAGGACGGUGACCAACUCCACCCAGCACACCAAUGGCACCACCACAGUACUCAGCCACCUGCUCGGGGUACCAACCAAGGCAGCCAAUCAGCAGCAGGUCCAGUGUGUGGUCAACCAGUCUGCCCUGGUAACAGAGAAGACCUACAACUACAGCAUAAACAUCCACUAUCCACCUCAGUCAGUGAACAUUACCCUUAGUGAGGCCUCUAAAGCCACAGUCUUCCUUUGUGUAGCAGACAGCAACCCACACCCCAACUACACCUGGAGCAGAGUGGUCCAGCCAUGGCCUGGGUCUUCAGUGAGAGCUGAGGGAGACAAACUGCACCUCCUCAGUCUCAGCUCUGAACUGAAUGGUCUCUAUGUCUGUCAGGCCUCCAACCCCUACGGACGAGCCACUGGCUCCCUCAAUGUACACAUAUCCUCUGAGACCUCUGCUGCCUGUUGGGUUCUACUCGUUGUCAUUCUCUGUCUGAUUGUUGCUGCGGCUGCACUCAUAUGGUACCGGUGCAAAUACGGACAGUUUCCUUGGAGUUCAUUCGUGGCCAAGGCAUCAGAACAGACUGUAUCGGUAUCUUCCAAGACGAGGAGACAUGACAAGGUUGAGGAAGGUGAAGAUGACUCAUUGACUGCAACUGUCCAAACCAGGAAGGAGCCUGAGGAAGAGGAAGAAGUAUCAUGAUGUAUGGAACAAUAUACCUUAUUUGUUUUUUGGAAACAUUUUAUUUUUAAUUUGUAUUAUUCCAAAUGUUUUUCAUGUUUGAUAGAUUGUCUGUUCAUUAAGUAUAUUUAUUGUGUUAGCUCGAAGAAAUCGCGGACAGGUUUUAAGUGAAUGCCAGAAAAAUCUCAUUCUCCAAUGUUCUAACCAUCUGCAAAGAAUAGGCACAUUAUCCCGAGUGGCGCAGUGGUCUAAGGCACUAGAGAUCCUGGUUCGAGUACAGGCUCUGUCGCGACCGGGAGACCCAUGGGAUGGCGCACAAUUGGCCGGGU